CAGAGAAGGCGAUGGAUUGCUCAAAUAUGACUGGCAACACAUCAGGCUACAACAAUACAGAAGUCUUCGACUGUGGUAACGAUACAAGAGUGUCCUGGCCACAAUCUCCCUCCCCAACACAUGAACUGGCGACUGUCUGCAUCGGGCAGUUGGUAGCUGGUGUAGGAUUGCUUGCAAAUCUUUUAGUUAUCUUCAUCAUCGCUAGAUACCCGGCCAUGCGAACUGUGCCUAAUGUGUUUGUGCUCAACUUGGCGGCAGCGGAUGCUCUGUAUUGCUGCGCGGCGCCUUUUUAUUCUGUGUACUCCCUGCACGUAAAAGGUUGGAUAUUCGGCAAUGUGAUGUGUAACGUCUACUACAUCAUGGGGUACGUUAGCGCGUUUUGUAGCGUGUGGUUCCUGACUGCUUUGAGCAUCGAACGGUACAAGGCCGUCACAGACCCCAUCAGACACUCACAGAACAUGUCUCAGAAAAAAGCGUGGGCUGCCAGCGUCGUUGUGUGGAUCGUUGGUCUAGCCGCCGCGUCGCCUCUGUUGAUCUUUGUAAAAACCGAUGUUCACAUCUACUCCGUUCAGUCGGAGGGUGAAGAUCACAUCAUAACCACAUCAUGCGACGCCUUCGCCCCAGACCAGAUACCAGAAGAACUCUUCAAGAAAUUACGUGGCUUGUACGCCUUUGUGGGAAACUUCCUCGCACCGUUAUGUAUUAUCAUACCUUUAUAUGUAAUAAUAUGGCGCGAACUGCGGGGGAAAAAACCGUGUAAUCUAUCCCCACAGGUAAUCAGAUCAAGAAACAGGGUUACCAGGAUGGUCGCCGCUGUGGUGGCGUUCUUUGUUGUCGCCUUGCUCCCCUGGCACACCUACUGGAUACUCACAUACUUCAACCUGAUUCAGAACGUUCCCAAUGGUCUGUAUGACGUCUGUUUGGCGCUGUACGUCACAAAUUCCGCCGUAAAUCCAUUCUUUUAUGCAUUAUUGGGCGAUAAGUUUCGACAGUAUAUCCAAAUCCUUCUUUGUCAGUGGCGUCUAUGUGGAAAAAAUGCUGGACAGAAUAGGAGGAUACCUUCUAGAUCUGACCAGGUGGCAACAAUACUGUCUUAUGAUACACGACUGUGA